GCCUCACACAUUUCGAUGUUAGGGCUUCAGCCAGGGGUAUUUUGGUCUUUCCGAGCAUGCGCAGCUACACAUUCUGCUAAGUAUUGCUUAAGAGGAUGGUUCUCAGUUCAUCAGAAUUGUUCAGCUCUGGUUGUAUCUCUUCCGAUAAAGGCUUAUAUAUAUUGUCAUCAAGCAAUGGCUGUUGCAUUUCACAACGUCAACUCUGAAUCUGGUCUCAAGAAGCUUGACGACUACCUCCUGACCCGCAGUUACAUCACUGGGUACCAAGCCUCAAAGGAUGAUAUCACUGUGUAUUCAUAUCUAGCAAAACCUCCAUCAGCUGAAUAUGUCAAUGCAUUGAGGUGGUAUAAGCACAUUGAUGCACUUUUGAGAAUCUCUGGUGUAUCCGGUGAAGGUGCUGGUGUUAUUGUAGAGGGGUCUGCACCCAUCACUGAGGCUGUUGCAACUCCCCCUGCUGAUGACAGUAAGGCCUCCGCUGCUGAAGAUGACGAUGACGAUGACGACGUUGACCUAUUUGGUGAGGAAACUGAAGAGGAAAAGAAGGCUGCUGAAGAACGUGCUGCAGCAUUGAAGGCUUCAGGGAAGAAGAAAGAAUCUGGCAAGUCCUCAGUUCUCAUGGAUGUCAAGCCAUGGGAUGAUGAGACUGAUAUGAAAAAGCUUGAAGAAGCAGUUCGAAGUGUUCAUAUGGAAGGAUUGACUUUUGGAGCAUCUAAACUUGUUCCUGUUGGAUAUGGUAUAAAGAAGCUGCAAAUUAUGCUUACCAUUGUGGAUGAUUUGGUCUCCGUGGAUGAUCUCAUUGAGAAUUAUCUAACGGUUGAACCAAUCAAUGAGUAUGUGCAGAGCUGUGAUAUUGUUGCUUUCAACAAAAUAUGAUUUCUGCUAUUCUGAAGUUUUGAUGGAAAGGGCUGGUGAUCAUUAGACUUUUCUUUUGUCGAAAGAGUGUACCUUAUAAAUCAUCUGUUUUUCUUCCUUGUUUGGAAGAAUAUUUACUUAUAAAAGUAUUGAUUUUGAAUAGACUUCA